CAGAUGUAGGGUUUGUUGAUGACCUUCUUGAAUCAGUAUAUAUGCGUUUGAUUUCUGUGGAACUUCACAGUUUACUCUUCGGGAACGAUGAAAUACUUCUUGAUUUUCCUCGUGGUGUGCGUGGCGAUGGCUGCCGCUUCUCCCCAGGUGGUCGCAGCGUGGCCUGGUAUCGUGCCUGGCUUCGUCCCGUAUCCUGCAGCUAGGACCCUGGUAGCUGGUCCCACAGUUGUAAACAGCGCUUUCGGUCAUUACGUCGCCCCGGGAUACGUUGGACCGGCAAUCAUCUAAAUCCUUCAUCGUGUAAUAAACAUCAUGAAUCGGCAGUGUACCCUUGGCUUGUUAACCAUAUAUAUUGUAUAAUAAUAAAUUGGUAAACUUACUA